UCGUAAAUUAAAAAACAAAUUAAAUUGAAAUAAUUAAUAAAAACAUAUACAUAAUAAAUCAAGCAAUUUAUGGAAUAUUAUUUGGAAUUGAAAUGACGCGGCACGCGGUCCACUUAGACGUGUUAAUAAGUCAGAUAGUUCUAUAAUUGCAGAGAUUAGUUCGGUGUUGUGCUUUCAAAAUAUGCUAAAUUUAUGUUGGGAUAAAAUGCACUGCAUAUUUAUGUAUACAAAUGCACGAAUGCAAUAAAACAAAGAUAUAUAGUUUAAGGAUAUAGUAUUUUGAGUUCCUAAUUGGAAGCAAAACAAAGAAAAUGUUUACGAAAAGUUUAUUGACUUUAACGCUGAUAUUGGCCUCAACAUAUGUUGGGCAAGGGGCUGAACAUGAUGAGAUGUUGAUAACUGACUCGAGAGAUAACCACCGGGGGAAUAAUGAUAAUACUGGAUCGAAGAGUAGCGAAGUAACUAAAUCUUUGUCAAAUCAUGGUUAUACAGAAGAGAUACCGGCAGGAAUAUGUCAAAUAUAUAAUGGCAGCACUUGUGCCAAAUAUUUACGAAAUGAAAGCGUUUUUGUACCACCGAAUUUAUCCUUGAAUGAACUGGAAGAGAGAUUGAAAUCGGCGUAUGGCGUUAUUAAGGAAUCAAAAGAUAUGAAUCCGAAUUGUCGAAUAUAUGCACUGCCAAGUUUGUGCUUUAGUUCACUGCCAUUAUGUCGCACUCCGGAACGUACUAAUUUAUUAUACUUUUCUAAUCGAGCCACACACAAAGAGCGUAAGUUACGCAAAAAUCAUACAAUAAUUGAUGCAGGCGUCAGCACUGAGAAUCACAUCAUUGGUGGUCGACAUAGACGCUUCUUGGACAAAAAUACAAAAGAGCGUAAAUUAUUCCUAAAACGUAAAUCAUCUAUAGCUUAUGAUGAGGGUUUCUCGGGUAAAAUUUCGAGCCAAUAUCCGCCGAGUAGGGAAACUGAAAAUCUACGCAGAAUAUGUCGCGAUGAAUGUGAAUUGUUGGAAAAUGAAUUAUGUCAGAAAGAAUAUGCAAUAGCGAAACGUCAUCCAGUCAUAGGACAAAAACUGCCAUUGGAGGAGUGCCAGAGUUUACCAAAACAUAGCGAUUGUUCAUCUCUUGGCAUAACAAUCGAUGUUGAUACUGAACAAAAUUGUUACUGGGAAAGCGGAACAGGUUAUCGAGGUACAUUAGCUGUAUCCGCCUCAGGGAAGCCGUGCUUGCGUUGGUCUUGGUUAAUGAAGGAGAUAUCUGAUUAUCCAGAAUUAGCGGGACAAAAUUAUUGCAGAAAUCCAGGCAACACUGAAGAUCGACCUUGGUGCUUUGUUGAUGAUAAGUCAUUCGAAAAACUUAUUGAACCGUGUGAUAUUCCGAAAUGUGCAGAUAAAAUUUGGUUUUAUAUAUUUAUAACAUUUGGUGGAAUUGUUUGUCUUCUCAUCUUAUACAUCGUUUUGAUCUUUUUCAAACGGCGACAGAGCAAUGGCAUGACCAAUAUACAAAACAUAAAUACUCCGAAUGCUGAUAAAAAUAUUUACGGGAACUCUCAAGUUAACACUUCAAUUGAAUUGUCACGUUUAAAUGGGAACAACUUAGCUAAUGAGCAGACAACUUCCUUCUCGCAGAAUUUGGAAAAAAGUUCGCUUUUACGUGUGCCGCAGUACACACUGCAGGAUGUGGAGUUUGUUGAGGAACUGGGUGAAGGUGCUUUUGGCAAAGUGUACAAAGGACAAUUAAUGCAAACGAGUGGUGAGCGCAUAUUUGUUGCUGUCAAAGCAUUAAAGGAAAAUGCUUCGUUCAAAACUCAACAAGACUUUAAACGGGAAAUUGAGCUUAUAUCCGAUUUGAAACACGACAAUAUAGUCUGCAUAUUAGGAGUCGUUUUAAAUAAAGAACCCUACUGUAUGCUCUUCGAAUAUAUGUCUAAUGGAGAUCUUCAUGAGUUCUUAAUCGCCAAUUCGCCAAAUGAAAAUAAAUGUCUUAGUCAACUGGAAUUUCUAAAGAUUUCCUUACAAAUAAGUGAAGGCAUGGAAUAUUUAUCGGGACAUCAUUAUGUGCAUCGCGAUUUAGCCGCCCGCAAUUGCUUAGUUGGUGAUGAAUUAACAGUUAAAAUUUCAGACUUUGGUCUCUCAAGAGAUAUAUACAGUUCUGAUUAUUAUCGAGUUCAAUCAAAAUCUUUAUUACCAGUACGUUGGAUGCCAUCAGAAUCUAUUUUGUAUGGAAAAUUUACAACAGAAAGUGACGUUUGGUCCUUUGGUGUUGUUUUAUGGGAAAUUUACAGUUAUGGGAUGCAGCCUUACUACGGCCAUAGCAACCAAGAAGUUAUCAAUUUAGUACGUUCCAGACAAUUGUUGUCAUGUCCAGAAGCUUGUCCAACUGCUGUUUAUUCUCUGAUGAUCGAAUGUUGGCAUGAGCAAUCAGUUAGGAGACCAUCGUUUUCGGAAAUAACACAUCGCUUGAAAGUCUGGUAUCAAGGGCAAAUGAAAAUAAACAACACUCCAACCCAAAUGACCAAAUCCUUCCAAUCAAAUUCUUAAACUAUUUUAUACUAAUAUUUAUUAACAAACAAUAACAAAAAACAUGAAACAAAAUGACAUUUUUUACUAUAAUUAACUUUACAAUUAUGAAUUGAAAAUCGAUUAAAAUUAGAUUUAAAUAAUAAUAAACAUAUGAUAUG